CUUUCUUACUGGACCCAUUCUAGAAGAAGCAUUCACAUGUCGAUGUCUUUUGGUAGCCCUGUUUGUCCCCCCUCCUAAGAAUAUUUUUACAGUCCAGGGAUGGGUUAGAAACCUAUAUUCCCAGCUCCUGCAGUCACACCUUUGGAUUCUGACCACAAGAACAACCAGACUACUUCCUUGUCAGAGUGAACAUUUCGUGCUUUCACUUUCUGCUCUGAAGAUGGUGGUUUCUACAGACUAUUCUCCUGCUGGUUUCUUCCUCCUUCUCCUCCUUCUCCAGGUGUCUACAUGGUGCUCAGCAGUGUCCAGGUUUUUGGUGAAGGGACCGGCUGAGCCCAUCAUGGUUCUACUAGGGGCAGAUGCCACUUUGCCCUGCCAGCUGUCCCCUGAGCAGAGUGCUGCCCACAUGCACAUUCGGUGGUACCGAAACCAACUCUCCCCCGCUGUGUUUGUGUACCAGAAUGGACAGGAACAAGGUGGGGAACAAAUGCUGGAAUACCGUGGCAGGACAGAGUUCAUGAGGGACUCCAUCAACAAAGGACGUGUGGCCCUGCUGAUCCAACAUGUUCGUGCCUCUGAUCAUGGCCAGUACUGGUGUCAUUUUAUGGAUGGUCAGAGCUCCCAAGAGGCUAUUGUGGAGCUGCAUGUUAUAGGGUUGGGCUCUGCACCUCUUGUUCGUAUGAUGGGACCUGAGGAUGGUGGGAUCCAAGUGUUGUGCUCUGCAGAUGGCUGGUUCCCAAAACCCAGGGUGCAGUGGAGUGACAUGAUGGGAGUGAAUCUACAGUCCCUCUCUGAGUUUCAGACCCAGGAUGAAGAUGGGCUCUUCUGUGUGGAAGCAUCUCUUGUGGUCACAGAUAGCUCUCUGGGCAAUGUGACCUGUUCCAUCCAGAAUCCCCUCUCUGGACAGGAGAAAGCAUCUGCAAUCUUCCUCCCUGAGCCUUUCUUCCCCAGAAUGGACCCAUGGAAGGCAGCCCUGGCUGGGACAGUCCCUGUGCUGAUGCUCUUUCUCCUUGGGAUCAGCUACACUGGCUGGAAAAAACAUCAAGCCAAAGAAAGAGAAGUAAAGAAAAAGCAAAGAGAAUCUCGUGAAAGAUAUCAGAUGGAAAAUGAAAAGGAAAGAGCACUUAAGGCCAAAGAGAACCUCAAGGCAGAGCUUGAACAGCGAAAGGCACUAUACCUUAGAGAUUGGAAGAAGGCCUGGCUUUAUCCUGACUGGAGGAAGGAAAAGUUCCAGCCUGCCAAUGUGAUGAUAAAUCAAGAAAUCCAUCGGAAUAAUUGUGACCUAGAGAGCAAAGAGAACUUCAGAGAGGAAACACAGGAUCUAUCUCUUAGUGAUAAGAGAUGGGACUGCAACCUUAUCACACUAAAUCAGCAAGGCUUCACCUCAGGAAGACAUUACUGGGAAGUGGAUAUUAAGGACACUGAUGAGUGGACCCUAGGCAUUUAUGAGAAGCUCAUAGGCAAGAGUGGAUUAUCCACAGAUCUACAAAAAAAGAAAUUCAGAGUCUUAGAAAAGAAAGGAUGUAAAUGCAGGGCUCUCAUCUGUGGCCCUCAAGGCAUUUUCCUGAAAGAAGUUCUCAAGAUAGAAAAGUAUCCACAAAAGAUUGUGAUUUUUUUGGAUUAUGAAGACAAAGACAUUUCUUUCUAUGACAUGAUUCAAGGUACCCACAUCUUCUCCUUUACCCAGGAAAGCUUCACUGGAUCACUCUAUCCUUACUUCAACACUAAAUCCAUGGAGCACUCCCCACAUGAGCAAUAUUAAGUGACUUAGUGGAAGAACUUACACAGUGAAGACAAUAGCCUAUUCUCUAUAAACCCCAAAAUGCCAGUUCUGAUGUGUGACCUCAAGUUCACUGAUUAUGAGGCCUCUUGACUUGAGGCUCCAUGAGGUCCCAUGACCAGCACUGUUUAUUAAUUGCAGAGACAAAAUUGUUUGUUUGUAAUUGUUAUUGUUAUAAAUGCUGUUUCUUGUUUUAUAUCUAAUAUACCACAGACUGAUAAUUUUCCAGGAAAAAUUACUGGGAAAAUGAAGUAAAAACAAAAACAAAAACAAAAACAAACAAACAAACAAACAAACAAAAAACAAAUGGAUAGAAUUACAAGCUGUAAUAAGCUUGUUAGAUUCAAUAUGCUUAAAAUUACUCUGUCACUUUGCUCUAAAAUGUUUAUAAUACUCUAGUUCUGUAUUAGUCUCAUAAAGAACCUGUAAGAAACAGUUAAUAUAGUUCACCAACCAACUGUAAUAUAGUUCAGUGACCAGCACUUUUGAGUGGCACUGCUAAAGCAGUAUUCAGAGGAAUAAAAAUUAGAUAAACCUCUUCACCUCUCUCAUAGUAACGCUAAAUAAAAGCAACAAAAUAGUGCUAUUUUCUAAUGUUGAGGAAGAAAAGUUAAAUUGUAGGUUGAGGGACACGUGGGUGGCUCAGUUGGCUAAAUGUCUGUCUUUGACUCAGAUCAUGACUCCAGGGUCCUGGGAUCCUGACCUACAUAGCUCCUUACUCAGCAGGGAGCCUGCUUCUUCUAUCUGCUGCUCCCCCAGCUUGUGCUCUUUCUUUCUCUCUGUCUCUCUGAGAAAUAAAUAAAUGUUUUAAAAUAAAUAAAUUAUAAUUUAAUACAU